AUGAGAAGAUUUCAGUUACCACAAAGUCCAGAAUUUGAAUAUUCAGCUCUUUCCAACCAACAGAAAACUUUUCACCAAAGUCUUUAUAAGAAAGCUGCAACAAUGGCUACACAAUACUACAGAAAGACAAUCAACAAUUUCAAUGGUAAAAAAGGUGUCAAACGUACAUUAGUUAUCAAAUUACGUGAUCCAACUGACAUCCCAACUCCACCACCAGAACCAAAGACCAAAAGAGUUACCAAAUUUUUUUUCAAGCUGAAGAGAAACCCAGAAAAGAAACAUGGUUGGGAAUUGAAAGGUGCUUACCCAAAAGAAGUUGACGUUCGUGAUGUUUGA